AAGCACAUUUUGAAUUUGACUGAUCAUGCUGUGGACACACCAGAAAAGAUUGUGAUAUUUCUGUCUCCUGUUGCUUUUAGAGAAUGUCGGCUUAUGAAUUGACAAGGGUGGUGAAAAUUAUCCAGAUCACUCUCUACGCCCUGACCAUUAUUUUGGGCAGUGCGGGCAACUCCAUGGUCAUCUGGACAAUCUGGUUGCGCCUGAAGCCGAAUGCCACCAACGUGUGGCUGGUGAACUUGGCGGUGGCGGACCUGGUGUUUUGCAUCUCUCGCAUCCUCUCCGUCAUCUCCCUCCACCUCCACCAGUGGCCGUUCAAAGACCUCCUGUGCCAGGUGAACGGCCUGGUGAAGUACACCACCAUGUUCUGCAGCAUCUUUCUCCUGGUUGUCAUUAGUGCAGACCGUGCCUUGAGCAUCUGGCGCCCCCUGCAGGCCAAGGGCAGGCGCACCGUCUCCAUGGCUCGAGUGGUGAGUGUGGGCGUUUGGGUGGUGGCGCUCGCCUUGAGCAUGCCGUAUGCCAUCAACCGCACCACCGAUUUGAACGUAAACAACAAGACCAAGUGCACUAUGGAAACCAUGGAGAGCAAGAGAGUACGGGCCUGUCUCUUCUUGAUGCGCUUCCUGUUUGGAUUCCUCCUGCCAUUCCUGGUGAUCGCCUGCUGCUAUGCGCUGGCAUGGUGGGGAAUCAGGCGCUCACACCUCAACAGGAAGGCGAAGAUCCUCCGCACCCUGGUGCUGCUCGUCUUGGCCUUCUUCCUGUGCUAUGCUCCCUACCAUGUCCUGCUACUUGUCAAGAUGGUCAACAAGAAGAACAACUGGGUCAGAUUAGGGCUGCCCGUGGCCAAGGGGUUGUCCUACUUCAACAGCUGCGUAAAUCCCAUUUUAUAUUUCUGUGUGGGGAUGGAUAGGCGGAAGACCUUCAGGAGGAGCAUUUCUGGAGCUCUCCGGAGGGCCCUGGAAGAUGACGGAAUUGCCCCUGUGACCAAAGGUGGACAGACAGGGAGAGAGGGGGUGAAGUUUCAAAACCAAAGAGCAAAAGAUGAGAAUGUCAAUGAAAAGUUAUGAAACACAGGCCCAUUAUCAGCCCCCACCGAUGCUCAUAGGGUUGAUUAAAAUGGUUAAGAUAAGUCAUAAGUGAUUGUUUACCUUUAAAGUUAUCCAGAACAGAGUGAGUAACACUAACCUUACACUCAGUGAGACUCCUGGGAAUUAUGAGUCACACACUCAUAUCACACCCAACAAUGUCACACACUCUUUUCCUAACAACGCUCACACAGUCUUGAUCAUUUCCUAAGAAAUGAUCAAGUGGCUCCCCCACUUUCCUCACAGUCGCUUGUACAAUUUUAUUGUAGGAAUAAACAUUAUACAGCAGGCUGGUGUAGACAAAAACGUAUGACACUUUAGCCUGUGGUCAGUCUAGCCCACAUCAACACUGCUGCCAAAGCCACUCUGACGCACCCUCUGCAGCAGGGAUGUUAAAAAAGACAAAUAUUUGGUUAAACUAGGGUUGUUCAAGGGGUGUUCACACCGGACAUGAGUCAUAAGGUAGGGUGAAAUACACCUUAAAUAUUGUGAAAUACACCAACAUAGAGUUUACAACUGAGUAGGGAUUGGAUAGUUUGCUAUGUAGUACCUUGCAGGGAAGCUCAUGCAUUGCAGAUGUAGACCCAACUCUUCAGAGAGCACCUCCCUUCCUAAACUGGCACCUUGACUAGUGCUUAACUUGCACUUCAGCAGUUACAUUCCUGCACUUA